GCCAGGACCAUCCUGUCCAGGGCCACCCGGGUGCGGUUCCGGAGGGUGGAGGACCUGGCGGCCGUUUGGUGCGAGUUUGGGGAGCUGGAGCUGCGGCACCACCGGCACGAGGAGGCCCUGAGGGUGCUCCGGAAAGCCACGGCCCUGCCCGCCAAACGCGCCGAGUACUUCGACAGCUCCGAGCCCGUCCAGAACCGGCUCUACAAAUCCCUCAGGGUGUGGUCCAUGCUCGCUGACCUGGAGGAGAGCCUGGGCACCUUCCAGGUGGGCCAGGACCAUCCUGUGACCCCCCCAUGUCCCCCCCAUGUCCCCCCCCAGGCCAGGACCAUCCUGUCCAGGGCCACCCGGGUGCGGUUCCGGAGGGUGGAGGACCUGGCGGCCGUUUGGUGCGAGUUUGGGGAGCUGGAGCUGCGGCACCACCGGCACGAGGAGGCCCUGAGGGUGCUCCGGAAAGCCACGGCCCUGCCCGCCAAACGCGCCGAGUACUUCGACAGCUCCGAGCCCGUCCAGAACCGGCUCUACAAAUCCCUCAGGGUGUGGUCCAUGCUCGCUGACCUGGAGGAGAGCCUGGGCACCUUCCAGGUGGGCACACACCCCACAGG